UCACCAUUUGCAUUUGGAAUUUAUUGGUGUGUUUGUUGCUCAUUGUGAAAAGCAGGAGAAUAGAAUAUCAUUAUAUCAUGUAUUUUAUAUUCUGCUUUUCAGGGCAAGUACUAUUUAAAAAAAUCCCUGUACCUACUUCAUGUGAAAGAAUUGUGGUCUUGGCCUGUGUGGUGAUGAAUUCACUUUAUUUUUUAAACACUGUUAUUUAAAGUAUAAUAAAAAUCUUAUGAUAUGUUUCUUGGGGGUUAAUUGCAGCAACUGUUAGUUAUUGUAGUUGCUGGUGUCAACUUUUAAAUUCAAUUUCCUGUCUGAAGAUUCUACAUAUUUUAAAUAUACAUAUAUAUUAAAAUAUUUAAGUACUGAGAGAGCGGAAAACCUUAGAUCUCUAUACUCUAAAUCUCUGGGUCAAAUAGAUUGUGGAUUCAGCUAGACAUCAGCAACAGUAACAAAAAAGCACAUCCCUAAUGGACUAUUGACUUUUAAGGGGGACCUGGUUUGACCCCAUAGCCUUUAAUGGUGUCUUGAAACUGCUUGGCUGCUGCCUCUCUCUUUAUCUCUGCCAGGAACAUGUGUUCAAAGCUGGGACAAAUCUCACUUCAGUGCUUAGCAGUAGGAAAAUAGUAUCAGUUCAUUUUGUGUAGCCUAAAAAACUGAAAUCUGAGUGAGAAACUCCAGGCUGUAAAGUUUGGUGGUAGCACCUCUUUCCCCCCUGCUUACUUUUGACUGAAAUGAAAUGUACAAUUGUUCUCAAAGUUGGGAGUUCAGUUUUGGUUGCUGGUGGUCAUUUUAUCCAAGAAGAAAAGGCUUCUUGGUCCAAAGUCUUAAAACAGAGAGAAGGAAAGGAAAGAUUUGUGUGAUGGGCUUUUUGAGUACAGUCGUACCUUGGUUCUCGAAUGCCUUGUGACUUGAAUGUUUUGGCUCCUGAACACCCCAAACCCAGAAGUGAGUGUUUGCGAACGUUCUUUGGAACCUGAACAUCUGACGCGGCUUCCAAUUGAGUGCAGGAAGCUACUGCAGCCAAUCAGAAGCCACGCCUUGGUUUUCGAACUUUUCGGAAGUCAAACAGAUUUUCAGAAUGGAUUCUGUUUGGGAACCAAGGUACCACUGUACUGUACUGUAUACAGGCAACACUUUUUAUCGGGGCUUUUUUCAGCUGGAGCCCACCAGAGCUCAGCUCUGGCACUUCUCAGUGCCAUUCUAAGAGAAAAAGGUAGGUGUUCAGCACCUCUUUUUCUAGAAAAAUAGAACAGCCUCUUAUGCUGGUUGCAAUGUCCAGUCUACACUCUUACCUUCCAACACAAAAAUUACAUUAUGGGAAUAUAACUCACAGGCUGUGUACUGUGAUGCACUGGUGUUCUACAAGACGGGCUGAAAUGCGUGUUGAAAUUAAGUCACCAUGUUGGGUGUUCUUUGUAUUGUUAUGCAGAAAUUAUUUUCUCCCUCUCCAACACCCAAAAAUAAGCAGUGAAGGAGAGUGAAAGAAUUCACCAGGAUACUCUCAUGCAGUCUGCACUGUGACUGAGAAGUAUGGGGCAGUCCCAGAAGCAUCAUCAUUGCUCAGAAAGCAAUGGCUCAUAGCUGAGUUAUGAAUAAAUGGGCAAGGAAAGCAGGACAUGCCAAAAUAAUAUCACACAGAUGCACAUAGCUUUAGGAUCAAGAAGAACAUAAAAUGUACGUGUGGUGUGCAAGCUUGAAGUGUUCAUCUGUUUUAAGUCAAAUAAACCCAGUAAGAUAAGGUAUAUUAUUUUCAUGAAUAUUUCCACCUUCCUAUGCCUUGGCUUGCACAUUCAGGGCAAUUAGCUGAAGAGAUGAUCUGAUCUGAUCAUAGUUGUGAGUUCCAUGAGUAUUAUCAGUUCCUGUGCAUCUGUUUACCCAUUCAAAAGUACAGAAAACAAUGCGUGUGUCCUUGAUGUUCAUGUUACGAGCAGUUGGCUUAAUUGUGCAUUUUGUUCAUUAAUCCAACAUACAGAAAUCAGUGGGUAAUUGGUGUGCAUUGCUUGGAUAAUUAGCUUAAUUGCUGCAAAGCAACUUUCACGGUUAAGCUGAUGCAUCAGGUUUUCUCAAGAAUUUGAUUAUAAUACAUGCCAUCAGUUAGUGCCAUUGUCCAAAGCCGUGAAAUGAGGGGUAUUUUACGAGAGGAAUAUUACAGUGCUUGCAGCAUCCCUAUGUGAUUCAAGUAUUGCAAAUGGUUCAUUAAGAAACUAUUGCAGUAAUGUUUAUAGCUUGUUUAAUUGCUGUCAUUCCUUUAGUAUAAGAUGUAAUGACUACUAGAACACAGACCUUCUGACCAGCUUUUGUCUUAAUAGGUGUUUAUAUUUACUACUCAAGAGGCAUGAAGGGAAUAAAAAUAUCUGAAGCAAGAAUACAUACUCUGAUCACUUGAUAUAGAUUAUGACUUAAUUAUAACUGUUAACCGAUAUUGAGUUAAGAGCUCAUUUUUUAAAGAAAAAAUAAACAAUAUACCAGUAGACCCAGGGAAUUCCCAAUGUAUUAAAAUAGUAGAUAGACCAUGCAAGACUGAAAUUGGCCCAACAAUAAAAUAGAUUGCUAACUAGAAUAGAAUGCCCCUUUUCAGGUUGCACAAGUAGGGCUGUGCAAAAUGUUAAUAUGUGAACAUUUUUACAGUCGUUUGUGGAGCUGACAUGCUACCCAAAGAUUAUGAGGAGGCAGAUGCUCAUUGUUAGUAGAUUUAUUGGGGGGGGGAGAUUUGUAACUGGUUAAUGAGGUGGUCCAGGGACUAGUGUUUUAUUUUCUGUCUCUUGUUUUAAGACGAAGGGGCAGCUCGACAACACACACUUGGGAAAUGGGCCCACUAAAAAAAGAAUAAGGGAAUCGGCCCAAUCUGUAUCAAAGUUAGUAAAAAAUACAUUCACCACCACCCUCACAUUUCAGAGAACUUGGGGCCCUUCCCCUGGAUACCACAAAAUGUGUGUCCCCCCCUUGUUUCUAUUCAAAGUUCUGCUGAAGGUGGGAGAGAGGGUUUUAUGCUGUCCCAAGCACAGGAUCACCCCCAAAUAUAUUCCUACUUACCAAGAGACAAAACUGCCCUUGGCUGCUUUUCCAGACUAAAGCUGCUUAUAUAUAAUUACUCUUAACUUUGGAUAAUUGGCUUCCUAAAUAAGUAAUGCCAUUGUGAUUUGGUUGGCAUUGUUUCUAAUGGACACAGGAGAUUUGGGUUUAAAUCUCCGCUCAGCCCUGAAAUUAUCAGAGUCUACCUUGGGAAGCUCAUUCUAGUGCAUUAGCUUUCCCCCAUGUUUCUUUGUAGUCGGCUACACAUUGCAGGUGAACAUUGUGUGCAUAUAGACGUUUGCAAAGUGCCGGGGAGAGAAUCUUACACAUCUGCCUAGACCGAUUGAAUGGAACACCUUUUGAAAUAGCCCCAGAAAGAAGGGCUACUCUGCAAAACCAAGCGUCUCUCUCUCUUCAACAUUCCCCUAUAGUAGCAGCCAACCAAAACUGCUGUGGAAACUGCUGUGGAAUCUGAGCUCCAUGAAAGAAUUUCUUAAUGCAGCAGGCAUCAUUUUGGGGUUCAGAAAUGGGAACUAUGGCAAGAAUCUAAAAUUCCUAAAUAAAUGCAGGUUCCUUCUGGAUUCUAUCCAGAAGAGCCAAUCCCAACAUUGUCUGCUCUUCAUGGACAAAGCAGAUUUCAAUUCUGAGACGUAAUAACGAUCUAUGGGGUUCCAUUGUUGGUCAUUACCCCAUUCCAUAUAACACAAAGCAGGAAAACAUUCAGUUGGCAGAGAUGCAAUUCAUUAGAUGUAAUGUAGCUGGGCACAGGCAUCUCUUUGCCUUAAUGUUGGCCACCCCAAUUCUGCAGUCCUAUGAAAGAAUUAGUAGCCUGUCAAAUGUCAGUUGGUUUAUUAUAUGGUCAAUGCAGCUUAGAACGCUUUAUGCUAAAUGCUGGAGAUUACAAACCAUACCAAAGAUAAAGAAUGGGUUGGGGAAAACCUGGGGUGCCAGUUUAACAUAUUUUCUAUGAAGUUGAGAAAGAAGAGAAAAGACUGGGAGAAUAGCAGAAAUCUAUUGAUUUUAGUAAGGGAUUUCAAACCAACCAAGCACUAUGGAUUUAAAAUGUAGUAGUAUUUGUGAAUCACUGUUUUGAAAAAUAGAUAUGCUUUAUUUAUUAUGGGAUAGAUUAAUGAAUUUAUGGAAAUGGUGCUUUAUGUUUGAACAUGGGAUUAUAGCAGGUAGGAAGAUUAAUCUUCUGAAUAAGCUUUCGGUUAGUAACAUUAUUGUUAAGUGAUUAUUAAGGGAUAAUGGCUUUGCUUACAUAGGAUUAAUAAUCUUACUCAUUUUGUGUUAUAAUUAUUUAUGCUGUUGUGAAAACAAUAAGAUUUUUUUAAAUAACUUGUAGCCUGUCUACCUACAAAUCCUGGCUCUUGGCAUGUGAAUGACCUCAAAAUGUGGAGGUAUCUCUAUUUCAGCUUGCAAAAUCUUUAUAAAUCACUAAAGGUGAUUCUUCCUUUACAAAGUAGAAGGCUGGUUUUAGAUAUGACUAGGCUUGCUUUGCUACACAGUCAACUGCUUUCUCCCUAAAUCUGGAUUACUGGGGAAAGCCUACAAUUAUGUACUUUUACUGAAGUACAAAAGGUGUGUCUCUGACGCAUACCGCUGCAAUAUUUCUUUCCCAAUUUUUAUGUUAGCAAACUUCUCAAACAAAGAAACAGGCAGAAAGGAAAAUCAAGUCCUUGAAGCUCUUCAGUCAAGAUUAUUCCAGCAUUCAGGUUUAAUUGGUUAAAAGAAAUCUGGAGGUGUUAGUUAUGAGAGGUAGGAAGCCCAGUGAACCCUCUGGCAAUCCAGAUUUGCAGAAGGCACACAGAGUCUGCUUGCUUGCUUGCUUGUUUGUUUCAGUUCCAUUAGCUACCAUUGGGUUCCGCUGCUAUUUAUUUCUUCGCACAGAAUGAAGAGUUCAUGUUGUUUCCUGUAGCUGUGGGGUGACACCAUUCUUGGAUCUCCCUGAGAAUUGUUACUAAUUCAUUCCCAACAAUUCAGUGCCUAAACUCUGGCAUUCAUGUUUAAGCUUGUAAUACUUUGAACCUGUGAAAAGCAGAGCACUGCCAGUGUUAAAACAUGUAUUUUGCAUAUUACGUUUUUUAAACAGUCACAGAAGGCUUUGUUGAUAGGUAAGCUGUUCUCGUGCUCUUGUAAGGAGAAAGGUAAUUGGUUGGCUUCCUACAGGACUCUCCCUUACGUUUCCCCCUUUCUAAGGAGAGAAGUGUUGGCAGAAGCUGAAAGGGUUGUGCGUGCUCAAAGCCCACUUAAAAUAUUAACAGGAUUCUUCAGGGGCUUUUUCCCUUUGAAGGAUUAUUUACUGUAAAUGCUAGCACAUGAUCUUCAGUGUUCGGUUUUCACAUCAGCAUUUGUUUGUUUUUCUAUCCUUCCAAAUGCCUCUUUUUUAAUUUUUUAAAAAUGUUGCUGGUAUUUUCCUCCUUCUCCAAAGUGUGAUGUGGUGACUUCUUAAGGUGAGCGUCCUUACAGACCAGGUGGAGGCCCAAGGAGAAAAGAUCAGAGAUCUAGAAGUUUGCCUCGAGGGGCACCAGCUGAAACUUAAUGCUACCGAAGAGAUGCUUCAACAGGAGCUGCUAAGUCGAACAUCGCUGGAAACUCAGAAAUUGGACCUAAUGGCAGAAGUUUCGGAUCUGAAGAUUAAGCUGGUUGGGAUGGAGAAGGAACAAAGCGAAUAUGAAGAGAAGCAGAACAAAGCUGAGAACUUAUUACAGGAACUAAAACACCUAAAAAUUAAGGUUGAAGAGCUGGAAAAUGAAAGGACCCAGUAUGAAUGGAAACUGAAAGCAACCAAAGCUGAAAUCGCACAGCUUCAGGAACAGUUAGCUCUAAAAGACUCGGAGAUUGAACGAUUACAGAGUCAAAUCUCGAGGACAUCAGGAAAUAAUGAAAUUGCAGAAAGAGAGGAAGUGUAUAGGCGAAGGCUAAAAGAAAAACAUCAAGAGGUCCAAUGUUUGAAAGUAGGAAUGGAAUCAUUAUUGGCUGCGAAUGAAGAAAAGGACCGCCGAAUAGAAGAGUUAACUGUAUUGCUAAGUCAGUACCGAAGAGUAAAAGAGAUCAUGAUAGCAGUACAAGGAACUUCAGAAAGAGUUUUGUGUGGAAGCAGUGAAGAUGAUCUUGAAGUAACUUUAAGAAAAUGGAAUCCCAUGAAUAAGCCCCAAAUAGAACUAUAUAAGCCAGAGGUACCUCCAGGGGAAAUGACCCUACCUAUGUUGCCUCCUCCUCCACAAAAAAAAAUGCUGGAAAUGAGCGGAAGCUCUCCAGUUCCUUCAAAUAACCUGUUUUCUGCAAACGGACAAAGCCUGGAAGUCCAACAUAGGAUGCCUCAGAAAAAAAUAUCAAGUAGUCUUGAAGACUUGCAAAGUGAAUCCCUGGAAAAGCAUGUAGAUGCGAAACCAGUAGAACAUGAUGUAACACAAGAGAAUAAGUCAUUCGUGAAAAGCAGCAAAUACCAAACCUUGCCAGGGAAGCUUCCUCGACCUGCGCACAACGGCGAUACUGGGGUAUACAGUACUCCUUCUCCAAGUACGUGCCGUGUGAAUGGCAACGGAGACAACAGCAUACAGAGCCUGAGAGACUCUGACAAUAUGGAUGGUACAAUGAAUUCAGGUGACCUUUCACCUUUAUCAUCGGGAACAGAAUCUGGUGCACAGUCUCCACUAUCUCCAGAAAAUAAAAGAAGUCCAAGAGGAAUAAAGAAAAUAUGGGGAAAAAUACGCAGGACCCAGUCUGGAAAUUUCCCUGGAGAUGAUCUGGGCUUGGUUGAAUUUCGAAGAGGUGGCCUCCGUGCAACAGCUGGACCUAGAUUGUCUCGGUCAAAGGACACCAAAGGACAGAAGAGUGAUCAUAACGCCCCAUUUGCCCAAUGGGGCACUGAACGCGUUUGUAACUGGCUUGAAGACUUCGGUCUUGGGCAGUAUGUCAUUUUUGCACGACAAUGGGUGACAUCUGGCCACACCCUGUUAACAGCAACACCACAGGAUAUGGAAAAGGAACUAGGAAUAAAGCAACCUCUGCACAGGAAGAAAUUGGUUUUGGCUGUUAAAGCUAUCAAUACAAAACAAGAUGAUAAGUCCGCUCAGCUAGAUCAUAUCUGGGUGACUCGGUGGCUUGAUGAUAUUGGCUUACCUCAAUAUAAAGAUCAGUUUCACGAAUCGAGAGUUGAUGGCAGGAUGCUGCAAUAUUUAACUGUGAAUGACCUCCUCUUCCUCAAAGUCACAAGCCAGUUGCAUCAUCUCAGCAUUAAGUGUGCCAUUCACGUGCUCCAUGUGAACAAUUUCAACCCUCACUGCCUACGGAGGAGGCCGGCAGACGAGAAUAACAUUUCGCCUUCCGAAGUAGUUCAGUGGUCCAAUCACAGAGUAAUGGAAUGGCUCAGAUCAGUAGAUCUGGCAGAAUAUGCGCCGAACCUUCGAGGAAGUGGAGUUCACGGUGGCCUUAUUAUCCUUGAACCUCGUUUUAAUGGUGAUGCUCUGGCAAUGCUUCUCAACAUUCCACCUCAAAAAACGCUGCUAAGACGCCACUUAACCACUAAUUUCAACGUGCUAAUUGGACCAGAGGCACAGCAAGAAAAGAGAGAAAUAUUGGAAUCUACAGCUUAUGCGCCUCUGACUACCACUGCUAAAGUCCGGCCAAAGAAACUUGGAUUUUCACAUUUUGGAAACUUGAGAAAAAAGAAAUUUGAUGAAUCUACGGAUUACAUUUGCCCUAUGGAUACCAGUCCAAGUACCACCAACGGUGCUCAGAGAAGCUACGGCGCCUACAAAGUGCAUAAUGCCCUCCCUGACAAAGAAUUAGACAAACUGGAUCAGGUGGGCCAGGCGGACUGAUGUCACUCACCUUCCAUCCUCUUCAUGCAUUCCAAAGCUUACAAAUAACCUUUUGUUUCAAUUUAACCUAAAACGCAUAAUGCAUCUGCAUGGAUUUAAUGAAUGUAUUGGGAUGGGGCUUGAAGAAUCUGAUACUUAAAAUGCCAUCUGAAUUAUUUUCCAUUUGCAACCACUGUGUCAUCCUACUCACCUUCUCGAGCCCUUUUUCAGGAAUGCAAAAAGCUUUACACAACAGUCGUAGUUGAAGUCCAGGCAGCCAAAAGCCCCAAUCCAGCAAGGGUGCUGUGCAUGCA